AUGAGCUCUACAGCUGCUAUAUUGCUGGACAUUAGAGCUGUCGGAUGCAAGGAUCUGACGGACACGGAGCUUUACGGCUGGCAGGACCCUUACGUGGUGCUGCAGUACGGCUCACAAUGCAAGCGCACAGCCACUCACAAAGACGGCCACACGACCCCCAGGUGGAACGAGACCGUCCGCAUCAACUACCAGCCCAACGUGUUUGACCUGACGGUGGGCGUGUGGAACGAGAACACCUUCAGCCAAGACAGCCCCAUUGGCGGCUGCAAGGUGAGUAUCACCCCCGCGCUGGAUGCAGGGGUGUUUGACACGUGGCAUCCUCUUUACACAUCAAAGCAAGUGAAGAAGGGCAGCAUUCGCGUGAGAAUCAAAUACCAUCCGAAUCCCCAGUACAAGCAGCUGGGAGCCACUCCCUUGCCUGAACUAGUUGCUGCACCAGCAGCAGCAGCACCACCAGAAGCAGCAGCAGCAGCAGCAGCAGCAGCAGCAGCAGAGUGUAACGCAGUUGUCACCAGUAGCAGCAACGCAGCUUCAGGGUCCCUCCCUCGCUCUGCUCUCUCCGUGGCCCUUCACAGCAUCAAUGCUGCACACGGCAACGCUGCAACAGAUGCUUCUAGUAGUGACCAAGGCAGUGGUCGUAAUACAGGCACCAGCAGCAGCAACGCAGCUUCAGAGUCUCUCCCCCGCUCUGCUCUCUCCAUGGCCCUUCACAGUAUCAACGCUGCACACGGCACCGCUGCAGCAGAUGCUACUUGUAGUGACGACAAAGGCAGUGGUCGUGACAAAGGCACAGAGCAGAGCAACGAGCACGCGUCCUCUUCUUCCUCCUCCUCUGGCCGCCCCACCUCCCUCCCGCGCUCUAACCUCUCCAUGCAGCUGGAUGCGAUUGAACGUAUGCUGGCUGUAGCACAGAUCGAACCAGACCCCGCUACAGAUGAGUCUGUUGGUGCUGCUGCUGGCGUUGCUGCUGGUAUUGCAGUGGUAGGAAUGGGGAUGGAGGGGGCAGGAGGAGGGAAGGCGAAGGACGAAGUGCCUGGGUGGCAGAUCGGGCGGGCGACUUGGGAGCAAGAAUCGGGAGAGGACGAGGGUGCGUUGCCUGUAGCUAUUGGAGGUGCUGUGGGUGCCCCUCUUAACACCAUGGAUGAAGAGGCCUUAGCUGCUGCCAGGCUGUCUCAGCGCAUUGACGCGAUUUAUCGCAUGCUUGCUGAGAAUUGUGAGGAGGGAGAUUCGGGUGUGGUCAAUUCAGGUGAAUCUGAAAAAGCACCUGAGAACACCAGUGGAGCACCUGGUGGCAGUAGCAGAGAAACACCUGGUUCAGGUGAAUUCGAGAAAGCAGCUGAGGGCCUCGGAAUGACAACUGGUGAUACUGGUAGUGCAUCUGGUAAAACUCCUGGUGACAACAGAACAGCACCUGAUGGCAUCAGAGCCGAACCUGUGGGUGCUGGCCCAGGUGGUGCUGAUUCUGCUGCUGCUGCUGCUGCCACGGCUCUGAAUUCUUCUCCCAAACCCAUGACUCAUAACACGAUCAGCACCACUCCUCCUGCUGCCACCACCAGCAUCACCAAGGCUACCACCAGCGGCAAAACGAGCACUACCAGCAGCGCCACCACCAGCGGCAGCAAGGCGAUCGGACGGUCCAGAUUGCGCACCACGGUCUCACAGAAGCAGCUAAUUACCAUUCACCAGAUCCUGGCAGAAGCCGGGAGACUGCCGUCCAGUCACAGCAUUCACAGCCGGGCGGCAGAGGCAGCUAAAGGACAAACCACCGCAGCUGCAGCUGUGUUUGAUAACAAGGGAGUUGGUGGCGCUGGUGGUGUGACAGGGCGGCAAGGGGGGGGGCAGCAGGUCUGGGCCGAUGCGAUUGCGGAAGGGGAGGAAGGGGAGGAGGAAGGGUUGUCGGGGAGGGCAGAAGGGAGUGGGAGUUCAGAAAGAGGAUUGGGAGGAUCGGGAGGAGGUACAGACGGAGGUUUGGUCACAGGUUCGGUCGGAGGUUCGGGAGGAGCUUUGGUUAGCGCGCCCAGGGUGGCUUCGGGUGGGCAUUCAGGGGGGUUGACAGGGGCUAUGUCAAGCAUGCAGGAGGCGGUAACAGGGGCAAUGGCAGGUGUCAUGUCAGGUGAUUUUUCAGGUGGUGGCUCUGUGCUGACUGGAAUGAUGAGCAUCGUGACAGGCACUGUUUCCGGAGCUAUGGACAAGGUUCGGUCAGGCGAGGCUGAAGACUUGGUUCGGAAUGCGAUAGAAGCAGCCAAGGCCCCCUUGGUGAAAGGAGGGGUGGGAAUGAUGGGGGCGCUGGGGGGUAAUAACACUGCACAAGUAGCAACGCAACCCAAUCCGCAACUACAGGCCGUGCCUAAGCACGCUCAUGCCCCAUAUCCUACUGCUCCUCCUGCUGCUGCUCUUCCGCCUCCUCCUCAUCCUCUUCAUACAGCAACCAGCCAAUCCUGUUCCACGGGUCCUAUCCGUUCGUCCCAUUUUUCUUCCUACUCUUCCUCCUCUUCCUCCACCGUCUCCUCCUCGGUCUCAUACCCUUCUCCCUCCUGGUCCUCCCACCAUCCCACCCCUUCCUACCCUCACCCCUCUGUCUCCUACCCUUCUCCCUCCUCCUCUUCCCUACCUUCCAAGAGCUCUUCCGACCCCCAUCACCCCAGUGGUGGUUACUAUCCCUCCAUCUCCUCCUCCCCUUCUCCCUCCUCUGCCACCAUCCCCUCCUCUCUCACUAACGAAUCUGCACACGCAGAAGUGGGGCAUCGCCCCUCUCAGUACGGUUACCCUCCCCAAGCACCCCCUGGUGCUUAUCCGAACCAUCCCCCUCCUCCUAACGCUCCCUAUUAUCCCUAUGCUGCACCUCCUUAUCAGCAGGGUGCGCCACAGUACCCCGCUCCCUGGGGUUAUCCUACCCCACCUGCCCCUGGUGGUUACUGUGAUGCCAGCAGCGAUCGCGCUCGUGGUGGUAACCGCUCCGCGUCACCCGUUUCAUUUGAACGACAUAAGAGUGGUGGAAGCAGUAGCUCUCACGUUUCCUCCCUCCUCCCCUCCCCCGAUUUGCCACGUGGCACCACACCAGUGGUGGGCUGCAAGGAUCUAUAUGACGUGGAGCUGUACGGCAAGCAGGACCCUUACGUGGUGUUACAGUAUGGUAACCAGCAGCACCGCACCAAGGUCCACCACGACGGCCACAUCACCCCUGUGUGGAACGAGACGUUUCAGCUGCAACUGCAGGCAGAGAUGCAAGCAGGCAGUCACUAUUCUUCCCAUUUUCUCUCUUCCUUCUCCAUCUCCCCUUCCCUCGUUCCUACAGACGGCCACAUCACCCCUGUGUGGAACGAGACAUUUCAGCUGCAGUUGAGGGGCCAGGUUAGCCCUUUGGAAUGCCACGUGUGGGACAAGAACAAGCUAAAGGACAGCUUGAUCGGCCACUGCUCGUACGUCCCUCCUCUCGCCCUGCCUGCUGUGAUUGGUUGGCCGGUUGGGUCGGCUGUGACCGGAGGCCCCGUCGAGUCGGGUGGGGCGGGGUUGGGUUGGUCCGGACGUGUGCUUAUAAGGGUCGGGUUGACUUUUGAGUGGACUCAGCCCAUCGAGUCGGUCAAGCACGCCCUCGCCUGCUCCAGCCAUGCCUUCCCCAAGUGCAGCAGCAAGGUGUCUUCUAAUUCGACUCAAACCUCACCUCGUAUUCGCUCUGCUUUUCCCGGCCUUAUUGUUCUCCAGGCCCAGUCAGGCACGGGCUCGCCUGCUCCAGCCAUGCCUUCCCCAAGUGCAGCAGCAGAAGCACAAGCAGCAGCCGCAGCAGCGGCAGUAGCAGCAGCAGCAGGGUUAUCAGCAGGCGCAUCAGCGGGCGGAUCAGCAGGAGCAGGAGCAGCAAGAGUAGCUACUCCCAUUCCCAGCCACUACACAGCAUCACCACAGCAGCCCUCUCACUCUCCUAACCCUCCUCCUCCCCACACUCUCUACCCUCCUCCUCCCCAACGCCAGGUGCACCCACUUCCUCCUCCUGCUACCCAGCAAGUUUACUCGCCCUCUCCCCCCCUCCCUGCUAACCGACAAGUCUACUCCUCUGCUCCUCCGCCCCCUGCUUACCAGCAAGAAUGCCCCCCAGCCUAUUCCCCCGCUCCUCUCACUCCUGCUAACCAGAAAGACUACUCCCCCGCUCCCCCUCCCCCUGCUAACCCACAAGUCUACCCCUCUGCUCCUCCGCCCCCUGCUUACCAGCAGAGAUACCCCCCAGCCUAUACCCCCACUCUCCCCCCUCCUGCUAACCAGCAGGACUACCCCCCCGCUCCUCCUCCUCCUCCUGCUAACCCACAAGUCUAUUCCUCUGCUCCCCCGCCCCCUGCUAACCAGCAGGAAUAUAAUCCCACUCCUCCUCCUCCUCCUUCUAACCAACAGCUCUAUUCCCCCACUCCUCCUCCUUCUAACCAGCAAGUAUAUUCCCCUUCUCCUCCCCCUCCCCAUUUUAACCAGCAAGCCUGCUCCCCCGCUCCUCCCCCUCCUGGUAACCAGCAAGAUUACUCCCCCGCUCCUCCUUCCCCUGCUAACCCACAAGUCUACCCCUCUGCUCCUCCGCCCCCUGCUUACCAGCAGGAAUAUAAUCCCACUGCUCCUCCUCCUCCUUCUAACCAACAGCUCUAUUCCCCCACUCCUCCUCCUCCUAAUCAGCAAGUAUAUUCCCCCACUCCUCCUCCUCCUAAUCAGCAAGCAUAUUCCCCUGCUCCUCCUUCUAACCAGGAAGAUGACUCCAACGCUCCUCCUCCCCCUGCUAACCCACAAGUCUAUUCCCCCGCUCCUCCUCCCCCUGCUAACCAGCAAAGCUACUCCCCCGCUCCCCCUCCCCCUGCCGCCCAGCAAAACUACCCCCCCGCUCCUCCGCCCCCUACCCAGCAAAACUACCCCCCCGCUCCUCCGCCCCCUUCUAACCAGCAAAGCUACCCCCCUGCUCCCCCUCCCCCUGCCACCCAGCAAAACUACCCCCCCGCUCCUCCGCCCCCUGCUAACCAGGAAGAAUACUUCCCCGCCGCUCCCCCUCCCCCUGCCACUCAGGGUGGGGCGGCUGUAGCAGCAGUUGGGGCAGCAAUGGGUGCUCUGGCUAUUGGUGCUGCUGGGAGCGGAGGUAGUGACCCGUAUCCUCCUCCCCCCUCUCAAAACCCCUAUCCUCCUUCCCCCUACGGCUAUCCUCCUCCUCCUUCUCAACCCUCCCCCUACGGAUACCCUGGUUACCCCCCACCUUCUCAAGCUCCCCCCUAUGGGUACCCCUACGCUCCUCCUCCUCCUGCAUCUUACGGCCAUCCUCCUCCUCCUCCUCCUGCUUCAUAUGCCCCUCCUCCUGCCCCGUAUGGCUAUGGGACCCCGCCUCCUGGAUAUUAUUCUCAGUACAACACGCGGCCUGUGGUGGUGGUGCAUCACCAUGGGCAUGAAGGUUAUUAUGGAAAAGGCAAGGGCUACAAAGGUUUCAAAGGUGGGUUCUUCUUCAAGUAA